GUGACCGAUUCUAUGCAACGGAAAGAUUCGAUGGUUCCAACUGAGCAGUGAGCUUGUUGGCUUCACAUGGAGUAUAAUGGAUAGAGGCAGGACGACAUUUCCACUGCACUGCACCACCAUCAACAAGCAACCAUGCCUGCAAUGGCUGCCGCCCAGGAAGAGCUGUUGGGGCUCGUCAAGCCUGCGCCACCGCCCCCUUCCAUCUUCCUCGACCAACCCUCGAUGACCAACGGUGACUCACAGCCACAGCAGCCGCAGGAUGACCUGGCCUUGGCAUACAUCUCGCGCAUGCUCAUGGAAGAGGACAUCAUCGACAAGUUCUUCUACCAACACCCUGAGCAUCCGACACUCCUGCAGGCCGAGCAGCCCUUCGCUGAGAUCCUCUCAGCCUCCGUCAUCACCACAGCUGGUGCCCAUGGGUCCUCCGCUUUAAUUCCAAGUCAAGGCAACAACACGGGCAUCAUGGCUUCUGGGUUCUUGUCCAGCGAGGUACAUAGCCCACCCUUGAUCUUGAAUGGCAGAGUCACAGCGGAGGAGCCCAGCAGCGGCGUCACCAUGGGUGACCUGUCGAGCAUGGCUUUCUUCAAAGGCAUGGAGGAGGCCAACAGCUUCUUGCCCACAGUCAAUGUGAUGGUGGAUGCUAGGGGGCGUAAGAAGAGGUCUGGCAUGGAUGGCGAGACGGAGGCGUGCAUGGGCAGGAGCAGCAAGCAAAUAGCGGUGCGGGUGCUGGCGCAUAAUGACUCGGCGGAGGAAGACACCGCACUUGAGCUGGACCUGCUCAUCCUCAACGGCUACAACAUGCACUCCAAUGAGACGAUGAAGGAGAGGGGGGACCAGGCGGCGCAUCAGAGCAUUCGCAUGAAGGCGCCGUGUGUGAGGCACAGCGCGAGGCAGAAGGUGGUGGCUGAUCUGGAAACGCUGCUGAUCCGCUGUGCGGAGGCGGUGGCUACCAACGACCGGAGCAACGCCGGCGAUCUACUGAAGAAGAUCAAGCAGCACUCGCUACCAACAGGAGACGCAAGGCAGCGACUGGCAUAUUACUUCGCCGAGGGGCUGGAGGCACGACUGGCGGGCACAGGGAGGCAAAUGUACCACUCGAUCACCAUGGCAAAUCACACCUCCACCGUGGAGCUCUUCAAAAGCUACCACCUGUGCAUAGCCGCCUGCUGCUUCCUGAAGGUGUCGCUAAACUUCUCCAACAAAAACAUUUACAAUGCCGUGGCGGGGAGAAAGAAGCUGCACAUUGUGCACUACGGUGUCAACGAUGGGUUCCAGUGGCCGGAUUUGCUCCGGUGGCUAGCAGACAGGGAAGGUGGGCCACCGGAGGUGAGGAUCACCGGCAUUAUUAGCCCGCAGCCUGGGCCCUGUCCAGCUAAGCAAGCCAAGGAGACAAAACGCAGGCUCAGCUACUGCGCAAGGCAGUUUGGCGUGCCAUUCAAGUUCCAUGCUAUCAUAGCCAAGUUAGAGGCUGUCCACGCUGAGGACCUCGACAUCGAUCCAGACGAGGUGCUCGUCGUGAACAAUAUGUUCCAUUUCAGGACAUUGAUGGAUGAGAGCCUCACCUUUGACAUGGAAAACCCAAGGGACCUGGUGCUCAACACUAUCAGGAAGAUGAAACCAUCCAUGCUCAUCCACGCUGCUGUCAAUGGAGCAUAUAGCUCGGCGUUCUUCAUGACUCGUUUCCGCCAAGCGCUCAACAACUUUACAGCGCAGUUUGACAUGAUGGAGACUACCAUGACGCAGAACAAAGACAACAGGUUACUUGUGGAGCGGCACAUUUUUGCACGCUCUGUGAUGAAUAUCAUUGCCUGCGAGGGCCCUGACCGGGUGGAGCGCCCUCAAAACUACAAGGAGUGGCAUGCGCGGAACCAGCGAGCCGGACUGAGGCAGCUGUCAUUAGACCCUGACAUUGUUAAGAUGCUCAAGGACCAAGUGAAGAAGCAGUACCACAAGCAUUUCAUGAUUGAUGAGGAUCAACGGUGGCUUCUGCUGGGAUGGAAAGGCCGGGUGCUCUACGCCCUCUCGACAUGGGUAGCUGAUGAUGCUAGUGGCUCUCAACUGGAGUAGAUGGAUGGAUUGAAGUACGAAUGGAUAUAGAUA